CCGGCUCCGCCAACACCUUCUUCCCCUCUUCCCUCCCCCAAGGUCCAAUUUGGCUAUUACAUCAAUCUCCACUAAUUCUUGAUGUUUUUUUGCAUGGUUUUCUUUGAGGCUUUUAUAUUUGAUUUCUUGAUGUACCCCGUCGAGUCUUUUUGUCCCCCAAGUUCUUUUUCCUUUUCACCCAGCACGAGGUUUUCUCGGAACAUGCGUGUCAUUUCUGAAUAAGAACUGAACUCUAAAUGAAGUUACAUUUCCUAAAUAAUGUCUUUCCUUAAUCUUGGAAAAGUUUAUUUUUCGCGGUGAAAUCCUUCCACAUGGAUCGAACUCAUGUCGUAUUAAUUACAAAAAUAAAUAAUGCAUUGAUACUAACUUAUUUCAUAAAAAUAUCACUUUUUUGUUUAGUUACUGGACGGAAAAACAGAAUAAAUGUUUGCUGUGCGAGCUCAAUAGUUGUAACUAAAGAGAGAGAUAUUUUUGACAUAAAUAUUAGCAUUAGCUCAGUCUGAACUGGUUAACUGUUGUUGCGUCAGUUCUUUGCCAAACAUUAACCGAAAAACAUUGCUACGCCUAAAAAUUUAUUUUUAGUGCGUUGAGAGUGUUCAUAACUAAUUGAUUAAAAACAGUUAAAGCCGUUAUUGACAUUUGAAACUCCAAGAGUUCCUUUUAAAAACACGUGUCUUGGCAAGCCCGGUUUUAAAAUUUUAAUGAAGAACCCACAGGAAGUAGAAUAAAAGAAACAAAGGACGCACAUCUCGGUAAAUGCACAAAGGCUUAAUCUAUCCCAGCUUGAUGCAAAGCAGUUGAGAAAAACACUUGCUUAGUUCUUCCAUUUAAUGCUUCUUGGACACGAGAACGAUUUCCACGCCGCUACGCGUUACCAGAAAGUGAGGUGUCAUGGCCGCUUUGAAGCGUAAAGGAGGCAGUGGAAUGCCUGGUAAAUGUUGUUCCUGUUGGUUGAGGGUUUGGCGCAUUGUAAAGCAGGACAUUCUGCUUUUCCUGAUUAUUAUCGGCGUUGUGGUUGGCUUUAUCAUCGGCGCUGCCGCCAACCCUUCCGUCAACGACAUCGUGGACCCGGAGGAAAAAGCAACAACGAUCAUGUUAAUUGGUUUCCCAGGUGAACUGUUCAUGAACAUGCUCAAGAUGUUGAUCCUUCCUCUAAUCGUAGCGAGCUUGAUAUGCGCGUUAGCUACACUAGACUCGAAAGCCACGGGCAAAAUUGGCAGACGCACGGUGCUGUACUACCUGAUGACCACGCUCUUGGCCGUCAUCCUCGGGAUUGUGCUGGUCGUAAGCAUUCGUCCGGGUGAAUCGGGGAACAAACGGGAAGCCGAGCAAAAACGACUCACUGGCCCUCAUCGAAAUCUGGACUCCUUCCUCGAUUUGAUCAGGAGCUGCUUUCCUAAGAAUAUUGUUGAAGCAACCUUCCGCCAGAAAAAUACAAAGUACAAGUCAGUUCCAGCCAAGAUCGAGUCUUACAACAAAACAGUCAAUGUGAGUACACUUCACCCAAAUGACACCAUAACGGUCUACAGCAAUGGCACCCACAACUACACCACCAUAUCCACUCUGAUCUACCCUGCCUCCGACACCAUCCCAGACGGCCAGUACAUUGCUUCUGAGGGAGGAAUGAACGUGCUUGGCUUAGUGGUGUUCUCGAUCGUGUUUGGGAUUGUUCUUGGCAGGAUGGGUGACAAGGGAACUCCUCUGAAAGCUUUCUUUGAGACUUUGAACGAAGUUGUCAUGAAGAUGGUGACUCUUGUUAUGUGGUACGUGAUACACAUCGUAAUAAACUGUCUGGGAGGAAUGAACGUGCUUGGCUUAGUGGUGUUCUCGAUUGUGUUUGGGAUUGUUCUUGGCAGGAUGGGUGACAAGGGAACUCCUCUGAAAGCUUUCUUUGAGACUUUCAACGAAGUUGUCAUGAAGAUGGUGACUCUUGUUAUGUGGUACUCCCCCAUAGGAAUCUGUAGCAUGAUCGCUGCCAAGUUGGCUGCCAUGGCUGACAUACUGGACGCGCUGAGGCUGCUGGGAAUGUUUAUGGUGACAGUCAUUGUGGGUUUGUUGAUUCACGCCCUUGUUGUGCUUCCAAUUAUUUUCUUCGCGAUUACUCGAAAAAACCCAUACAAGUUCAUGCAGGGCCUGCGCGAAGCAAUGGUGACCGCUUUCGGUACAGACUCAAGCUCUGCUACCUUACCGACCACUAUGCGCUGCCUUGAAGAAAAGAACGGCAUUGACCGCCGCAUCAGCCGCUUUGUUUUACCUCUGGGUGCUACUGUCAACAUGGACGGAACAGCGUUAUAUGAAGGAGUCAGUGCCAUUUGGAUUGCGCAGCUGAAUCGCAUUCCACUGGCACCGGGACAGAUUGUCACAACUGUUCUGACGGCAACCGCAGCAGCUAUCGGCGCCGCCGGCAUUCCAUCAGCAGGCCUGGUUACCAUGAUUAUUGUUCUUCAAGCUGUGAAUCUUCCUACCGAAGACAUUGGUCUUAUUCUAGCUAUUGAUUGGUUCCUGUAAGUUUUUAUUUCAUUAUUGGGGCUUUUCAUACCAACCAUCAAUUUCACACCCUGUGCACCGUUACAUACCAUUUCGUACUGUAUUGAGUCCAAGCAACUUUUCCCCAGGUACUCCCCCAUAGGAAUCUGUAGCAUGAUCGCUGCCAAGUUGGCUGCCAUGGCUGACAUACUGGACGCGCUGAGGCUGCUGGGAAUGUUUAUGGUGACAGUCAUUGUGGGUUUGUUGAUUCACGCCCUUGUUGUGCUUCCAAUUAUUUUCUUCGCGAUUACUCGAAAAAACCCAUACAAGUUCAUGCAGGGCCUGCGCGAAGCAAUGGUGACCGCUUUCGGUACAGACUCGAGCUCUGCUACCUUACCGACCACUAUGCGCUGCCUUGAAGAAAAGAACGGCAUUGACCGCCGCAUCAGCCGCUUUGUUUUACCUCUGGGUGCUACUGUCAACAUGGACGGAACAGCGUUAUAUGAAGGAGUCAGUGCCAUUUGGAUUGCGCAGCUGAAUCGCAUUCCACUGGCACCGGGACAGAUUGUCACAACUGUUCUGACGGCAACCGCAGCAGCUAUCGGCGCCGCCGGCAUUCCAUCAGCAGGCCUGGUUACCAUGAUUAUUGUUCUUCAAGCUGUGAAUCUUCCUACCGAAGACAUUGGUCUUAUUCUAGCUAUUGAUUGGUUCCUGGACCGUUUCCGCACUUGCGUCAAUGUCAUGGGUGACGCCCUAGGCGCUGGAAUCGUGGACCACCUGUCACGUCACGACAUCAAAUUCGCGGAUCAGCUGGACACGAACGAGGACACACCGCUGAAGCAUAACGGCGGCGCACUUGAAGAAGAAGAAGACGAAGAGGACGACCCCAUGAAAAUGACCAGCGUUUAGGAAGAAGUUGUCAAAACGCCUUCGUGUUAACCCUUGAUCAAAAAAAGUUUAAGCAUUAGCCAUUUCUUUGUAUGUAAAUAUAGCUUCCGAGGAACUGUUGCUAAAGAUGUUUUUCCGCUAUUGUAACUUUAAUGGAAGUAUUGAUACUUUUUGUUGUUGUUCAAAUUUUUUCAAAGAACCUGACACGAACGGACACUUAUAUCCAUUCAAUUGAAUAAUUUUUUGUCUUCGACAAAAUAAUCGAUUGAAAGAUUAGAAGCAUAAAAACCCUGUAAUAAAAAGUCAAAACUC